AUGCGCCUGCCCCCUUUGGUAUCCCUGCGCUGCCUUCAGGGCUGCGAAAGGGUGAAAGGGAGGCGGCGAAGGAGAGAAAGCGCGAGGGGAAGAGGAGGAGAAAGCGCGCCGCCGAUUGGCCGGCCGCAGGGGAGACGUUCCUGUACGCCGCGCUCUCUGAUUGGCCGGCCGGUGGGAAAGGUUAAACCAAAAAUUUUUUUACAGCCCUAGUGUGUGUCUGUAGCUCUGAAAUUAAUUGUAGCUAAAGCUGUCUCGGCUGCUCUGAUCCACAGCCCCGGCUGCCGGUUUCCCCCCCGCCCUCCCUUGCUCGGGUGGACUAGGGGGGCUCCAGGCACCAUGAAGUAGUUUUGGACAGAGGGGACUCGGGGUUCCGUUUUUUUCAAGGGGGGCGACCAUCUUUUCCUCCCCUUUGGAAAGCCCCCCUUUUACCCUUUCUUUUUCCUCGAGGGGGGGAAACCUUUCCGCGCCCCCCUUUCCUCCCCCACCCGCCCGUUGCCUUGGCUUUCCUUGCCUGGCUGCUGGGUCCCUCAUCUCUUUUUUUCCUUUCCUUUUCCCCGGCUGCUCCUGCGUCCUUGCUACAUGCCUUGCCAAGCACGGGAGCUGGUGGUGCAAGUGCUUGGCUGCUGCUGCUGCUCCCGCUGCCUCGCUCCUUCUCCUGCUGCUGCUGCCCAUCGCUGCUCCUCAGCAGCCUCCAGCCUUCCUGGACGGACCGAGCAGCGCCCCCCAUCAUCAUCACCAGCGCCUGCGGCCACCACCACCUCUUCCUGCCGGCUGUGCAACUUUCCCCCUCCGCCUAGAGUGUGAUGUUGGACAUGGGCGAUAGGAAGGAAGUGAAAAUGCUGCCCAAGUCGUCCUUCAGCAUCAACAGCCUGGUCCCCGAAGCCGUCCAGAGCGACAACAACCACAGCCACCACCACCACAACAACCACCACCCGCACCACCACCACCACCACCAUCACCACCACCACCAUCACGGCCAGCAGCAGCAGCAGCAGCCGCCCCAGAGGGCGACCCCGGAUGAGGACGACGACGAGGAAGAGAAGAACCAGCUCCUGCUGCAGCCCCCCGGGGUGGGGGUCGGCGUGGCGGCCGCCGCCGCCGCCUCUGGCGCCGCCGCCACCUCUGGCCCCAUGGAGGUGUCCAAGGGGGACCUCUUGGGCGGCAAAGGGGAGCCCGGCUCGGCAGGCGAGCUGGACGACAACAAGGAGAAAGGAGCGGCGUCGGAGGAGAAAAAGGGCCCGUCGGAAGGGGCCAAGGACGGCGGCAGCGACGGCGGGGGCAAGGAAGGCGAGAAGAAGAACGGCAAGUACGAGAAGCCGCCGUUCAGCUAUAACGCGCUCAUCAUGAUGGCCAUCCGGCAGAGCCCCGAGAAGCGCCUGACCCUCAACGGCAUCUACGAGUUCAUCAUGAAGAACUUCCCUUACUACCGGGAGAACAAACAGGGCUGGCAGAACUCCAUCCGCCACAACCUCUCCCUCAAUAAGUGCUUCGUCAAGGUGCCCCGGCACUACGACGACCCUGGCAAAGGCAACUACUGGAUGUUGGACCCUUCCAGCGACGACGUCUUCAUCGGAGGCACCACGGGCAAGCUCCGGCGGCGCUCCACCACCUCGCGGGCCAAGCUGGCCUUCAAGCGGGGCGCCCGCCUCACCUCCACCGGCCUGACCUUCAUGGACAGGGCGGGCUCCUUGUACUGGCCCAUGUCGCCUUUCCUGUCCCUCCACCACCCGCGGGCCAGCAGCACUUUGAGCUACAACGGGACCACGUCGGCUUACCCCAGCCACCCCAUGCCCUACAGCUCCGUCUUGACUCAGAACUCCUUGGGAAACAACCACUCCUUUUCCACGUCCAACGGCCUGAGCGUGGAUAGACUCGUCAACGGCGAGAUCCCCUACGCCACCCACCACCUCACGGCCGCUGCGCUGGCCGCCUCGGUGCCCUGCGGCUUGUCGGUGCCCUGCUCCGGCACCUAUUCCCUCAACCCCUGCUCCGUCAACCUUCUGGCGGCGGGACAGACCAGUUACUUUUUCCCUCACGUCCCGCACCCGUCCAUGACUUCGCAGAGCAGCACCUCGAUGACGGGGCGGGCCGCCUCGUCGUCCACUUCGCCGCAGGCGCCCUCCACUCUCCCCUGCGAGUCCCUCAGACCGUCCUUGCCCAGUUUUACCACGGGACUGUCGGGUGGACUUUCUGAUUAUUUCACACAUCAAAAUCAGGGUUCUUCCUCCAACCCGUUAAUACAUUAA